UCUUUAUAAGUUGCCGUAGUUUGUUUUCAUCAUUUUCCUCUCUGAGGCAAACAUCAAAACAUAUUUCGUUUGCUUCCUUCUUCCCCAUGGCUACUGGAUCCGCCGAUGGUUUUUUCCGGUACGUUUACGACGGAUGUCUAUCCGGCGGCGACAUGGGUAUUGAACGGCGACCGUAUCAUCGAAAUUGCAGAUGUGCACUUCACAAUAAAUCGAAAGAUAAUUGUCCUCACGGUAUGUCCAAGUGUAAAAAUGUAUCGUACCCGAUAAGAAGGGCAUGGAGUGAAGGGUGUUUGUCUUUAGCCGCAGUGGCUGCAAAUUCUUGUCAUUCUUCACCAUCUUCAUCGCCGUCUUUACAGCACCAUCAGCAACAACAACAACAGCCUAUAGGAAGGUGUGGUACCCAAUUGGAUCUAUGUAAUGAAGAAGAAGAGGAACAAGUUGCUUCUUUCUCAUCAACAACAGCAUCAUUGUUCAAGAUUUGAUGUGAGAGAGUUAUGUUUUUUUGAUGGGUAAUGUUUAUUUUUGUCGAAUAAUUAGAAAUCUGGAGGUGGGUAUGUCCUUUUGGUAUGUUGUAACCUUUUUGAUCUGGGUGUAUGUGUAUAAAAACUGUCAUAAAAUGCAUUUGCUAGAUCAAAAUAACAACAACAACAACAAAAAAAGAACAAAAAGUUUGAUGUAAGGAUGGUUCUAGUUCAAUCUUCUAAUCUGUGUUUCUUUAGGUGUAAAGUUUUGAACUUUUACUAAUCUGCAUGUUCUUCUUGUUUUA